CAGCCUGUGAGUGUUCGCGAGCCGCGCGGGACGCCGGUUGCCAUGGAGCCGGCCGGGCCGUGUGGAUUUUGCCCGGCCGGGGAGGCCCAGCCGGCGCGCUACACCUGCCCUCGCUGCAAUGUGCCCUACUGCUCGCUGCGCUGCUACCGGGCGCACGGCACCUGCGCCGAAGACUUCUACCGGGACCAGGUGCUGGGAGAGCUCCGCGGCCGCAGCGCCUCCCCCAGCCGCCUGGCCAGCGCCCUUCGGCGGCUGCGUGAGCAACGCGAGACCGAGGACGACCCCGAGGACGUAGGCCUCAGGCCUGGCCCGGCAUCCGGCGGCCCCUCCGGGCUCUGGGAACUCCUGGCCCCGGCCGAGAAGGCGGCCUUCGAGCGACUGCUGAGCCGGGGCGAGGCCGGGCGGCUGCUGCCCCCGUGGCGGCCGUGGUGGUGGGGACGCGGGGCCGGGCCGCCGCUCCUGGAGGAGGUGGACGCCGCCGCGUGCGGUGACCCUGUAGGGCAAGAGCCCACCCCCGCGAGGACGCCACCGGCACCCGUGAAGGAGGCCGCCGCCGAGCCAUCGCUCGGAGACGCCCCCGAGGCCUGCGCGCCCCCGGUGCCCACUCGGAUCCCCACGCUGGCCAGCCUGAGCCGUGGCCUGGCCUCGCCGCUUGUGCGCUUCCAGCUGCCCAACGUGCUGUUCGCCUACGCACACACCCUGGCCUUGUACCACGGCGGCGACGACGACGCCCUGCUCUCCGACUUCUGUGCCACGCUGCUCGGCGUUUCCGGGGCCCUGGGCGCGCAGCAGGUCUUCGACUCGGCCGAGGAAGCCCUGCAAGCCGCAGGCCAGGUGCUCGAAGCGGGCGAGCAUCCUCCCGGGCCCCUGGGCACACGGGGUGCCAUGCGCGAGGUCGCCCGCAUCCUGAUGGGCGAAGGCCCGGCCGCCCAGAAAGGCUACACGCUGGCGGCCCUGGGCCACCUGGCACGGACCCUGGGCCAGGCCCGGAGGCAAGCGGUGGCUGCCAAGGAGCGAGAUCGCCUCUACCGGGCGCGGAAGAAGUGCCAGUUCCUGCUGGCCUGGACCAAUGAAAACGAGGCGGCGCUCACGCCCCUGGCUCUGGACUGUGCCAGGGCCCACAGAGCCCACGCUGUGGCCGCCGAGGAGGUGGCAGCCCUCACUGGGGAGCUGGAGCGCCUUUGGGGCGGCCCCCUGCCACCCGCUCCAAGAAUUCUCAUCGAGGAGCUCCCCGGCUGAACUGGGAUCUGUCUCUUUCUCGGGAAUAAAGCUGUGACCGGGCUGCCCUGUUCGCAGCGCCCAUUUCUGAGUAA